AUGCUAAUUGAGAUUGUGUUGACUGCGAUUCUGAUCUACUAUCUUUCCGACCAAUGGCGAAGGACCACCCGAUUGCCGCCAGGUCCUUAUCCGGUAAUUUUCCUCGGGAAUCUUCCACAACUUGCAUUCUACUCUUGGAAUUGUGGUGGAAUAGUGCCAGGCUUAAAAUACGUUAAAGAGAAAUACGGUCCAGUAUUUACAUUAUGGUUCGGACCGAUCCCUACCGUACACAUAGCCGAUUACACUUUAAGUCAUGAGGCGAUGGUCCGUUACGGAGCAAAAUACCAGGAUCGAUGGAGCCCGGCAAUAAUGCUCGAGGGGCGAGGCGAGUAUUUCUGCUAA